AUGUCAGCCAGCCUCUUCCCAGCCCACCAGCGCCCGGGGCUGCUGGCUGAGCUGCGCGGCAGAGCCCCGCAAGCGCCCUGCCCAGAGCUGCUGCUGGGCGCCUCGGUGCUGGAUUUUGUGGCCGACCUCUCCCUGGGCGCCCCCCAGGGCCCCCCCGGGGCCGGGCCGGGCCUGGGGCUCCGCGAGGUCACCUCUGGGCCUCCCUUCGGGGACAGAGCCCUGUCGCUCCGGGACGGCAUGGCCCGGGGGCUGCCCCUGGCUGCCUUCGGAGAUGGAGGUCCCGAAGACGAGGAAGAGGAGGAGGAAGAGGAGAGGAUGCGCGGCGCUUCCCUCCUGGACAGGCCCAGGAGAAAGCGCGUUAUCACCUACGCCCAGCGCCAGGCUGCCAACAUACGGGAGAGGAAGAGGAUGUUCAACCUCAACGAGGCUUUUGAUCAGCUGAGGAAGAAGGUCCCCACCUUCGCCUACGAGAAGCGGCUCUCCCGGAUAGAGACCUUGCGCCUGGCCAUAGUGUACAUCUCCUUCAUGACUGAGCUCCUGGACGGCUGCGGCAGGCGGGAGGCGAGCUAG